GUGGAUUCAUACAAGGCAAUAUGUUUGCUUUGAGUACCGUUAGUUUCGAAGCGGGAUAGAAAAUGUUUUGAUCGGGGGAGCUUCCACGAAUUAAUUAAUUGGCUCCACACGAAAGAUCCACACUCGAACCAACUCAUUCAUUGAUUGAGACAGCGCCAUUAAUUUUUUUAGUGGACCCAUGGCAUUGGCAUUGGACCUUCAUUACUACUAUCCAUCUAUCUAUCUAUCCAUCCAUCUAUUGAAUUCAUUCAACUAAACAACACCCACCAUGUCCUUUUCAGUAUCCAUCAACAACACAUCCAGAGGCACUAGUAUAGAUACCCCAACUCCAGCUCCAACUCCAACUCCAACAGCUUCAGGUGCAGCUUCAGGUAUUCCCUCCAUGUCUUUGGGAGCUUCUAGAGAUAAUCAAAGAUUUAUAGAAAUAGAAGAAGAAGAAGAAGAAAGAUCAGAAGAGAAGAGAUGGGAAUAUCUCUAUGUGCUACCAGUUCUACUAUUGGAGUUUUUGGCAUUGGCAUUGACCAGGGCUGUGCUACCCUCCAUUCUACUGCAACAGUAUGGGGAUAAGGUUUAUCUGGUACUGGGAAGUGCUGAUUGUGUCAGAGGCUUACUGGCUUUUGUGGCUUGUCCAUUCUUUGGAAAACUUUCUGAUGUCAUUGGCAGAAAAAUCUGUCUUUUCAUCACUGUUUUGGGGACUUGUGCUCCUGUAUGUUCACUAGCAUUGUUUGCUUGGGACACAAAUGACAAUGACAAUGACAAUGACAAUGACACAUCAACCUCAACCAAUCACUCAAAUUCCACCUUUUGGCAGCACUUAUUGGACCAAAAUCCAGAUCCAGAUCAACCACAACAAAAUUGGAUGCAGAUGCAAACCACUCAACAAGGAGCCAUCACCACCUUUGUGGUACUAUUGGCGUUGUCAGGAAUAUUCUCAUCCACAUUCACUCUGGUAUUUGCAUACAUUUCGGACACGGUACACCAGCAAGAUGAACGCGUUUCCGCUUAUGGACUCGCAUUGGCAACCUUUGGGCUAUCAUUCACCAUUGGACCCAUGGCGGGAGGAUAUCUCGCACAAUCCAAUACACACUACGUAUUUCUGUGUUCCCUAUUCUUCACCGUCCUAGAUCUGCUCUACAUUUACUUUGUAUUGCCAGAAUCCAAAAAGGAUAUUGCGAAAGCACACUGGAACCCAAUCCAAAAUUUAAGACGACAACAAACACCAACAGAAGCACCCGAUCCCAGUCACAAUGUAUGGUCACCCUGGAAUACACUACGGCUCAUGGCUGUAGAUCCAUUUCUAAGAAAUGUCGGAAAGGUCGCAUUUCUCUAUUACACUGGAUUGUGGGCCAUCAUUUCCACUCUAUCCGUAUAUGCCGUCAAACGAUUCCAUCUAUCACCCGAACGACUCGGAGAACUCAUGUCCGCUCUGGGAUUGUGUACCAUGGUCGCUGAAGCCGUCCUCGUCAGAAUCAUUGUACCCAUGCUAGGAGAAAAACAAUCCACAAAACUCGGAUUAAUCGCAUUCCUAUUGCAGUGCGUCGUGUUGGGAUUGGCGUACGAAGGAUGGCAUCUAUUUCUUUGCACCGUGUUUUCCAUGUUUGCCAAUUUGGUAUACCCAUCCCUCAGUUCACUCGUCAGUGGCAGUGUCCCACCAGAGGCCGUGGGAGAAGCACUCGGAGCCAUUAAUGGAGUCAAGGCAUUGACCGAAGGAAUCGGACCACUCGUAUUUGGAAGUCUCAUGACACUCAGUGAACAUUCCAUGCUGCCGGGAUGGCCCUACUUGCUCGCGGCAGUUUUGGCUUAUUUCGCAUAUCUGUCGGCCGACAAUCUACCCGAUCCAGAAGAUGACGAGUACAUUCACGAACUCGAACGAAAGAAACAACGACGAAGUCUCAAGAGCAUGAGUCGGGAUAGUGCCAGUGCAGGAAUAUUGCUACAGCAUCUCAUCAGUACAACGUCGCCCAAUAAGCAACAAUACUCACUCUACCAACACGAACGAAAUCAACACGUAGAAGAAGAAGAUCAAGGGUUGCUCAGUGAUGUGGAAGAAUCUGAAGACGGGGAAUUUACUGGUCCGGCAGGAAACGAACAAGAAGAUGUGACGCGGCUACCCAUUACGUUUGCCUCCCUCGUAAACUUGCCUCCGCCGUAGCGAAGCGAACGAAGCAAAGGUGGCACGUAAAUCCAGCUCAUAAUUCCUGGUCAUGGAUUUGCAGGUUGGGACGAAGUUGCUCCUAGUUAUCUAGCUAGCUAGCUCGACUAUAUAGAAUUUAGAACAAACAAAAAGGCGGCAGGCACGACGCAGAAUGGCAAGUAAAAAUCGUAGCAGGUUGCCUAUUGAUUUAUUGAUCAUGUAAGAAAUCGGCCUUCUUUUUGCCGGGUA